UAAAAAUAUUGUAUAUUGCCCUAGAUUACAUCAGAAUGUAGUAAUAGGUUCAGAAUAUCAGAGUAAAUCUGACUUUUUUAACAUUCCUUGUAAUUCAUCAAACUUGGAUAUAUUUUUAGUAGAAAAUUUAAGUACUUUAAAAUAUUGGCCAAUAUCAGAUAUAGCAUUAAAAUGCUGUAGAAUGCCUUACAAUAACAAAUUUGUAGUUGCACCUCUACUGCACUGAAUAGUAAUAUAUGUAACAAUUAAGAUGCUUCCUGCAUGGUGAUUCGGUAUUUAUUAAGGUUGAUCUUACCCUACUGAGAAAUGUUCCUUGACCAUUUUUUAAAUACUUUUUAAUUUUCUUUUAAAAUUACUUUUAAAUAGUCCCAGUUCCAGUUAUUUAAAAGAGUUCCAUCAUAUAUAUUGAUUCAGUAUAGGCUCGUAGUUAAAAUUAGAAUAAAUUAUUAUACGUAAACCUUUUACACCAACUAACUCUCAAUUACAUAAAAAAGAAAUUACAAAAAAUUGUUAAAAAAUGGUGAAGAAAUGUUCGUCAUUAUAGUAAGAUCAACCUUAAAGUUGGUUUAUUUUUUAUUAUCAAGAAAGAGUUGUUAUAUUUGUAGCUUCUGUAUUUGUGAAAUAAAAAAAGUGGAGCUAUGCAUGCAUGUUAGGCUGAUAUUAAAAAAAUUAAAACUGCACCUAUGGUUAUUUUGGGUAUAUGCAGCCUGUAUUUUAUUGUUUUUAUUAUUUUUAUUACCUUAUUUAUUGAAGAGCACUACUGAACUAUUAUCAGGAAGCAAUCUUAUUGCACAUAAAAUCAUAAAAUUCUACAAUAUUUUAAUAAGUUACAUAUCUUUUUUUUAUGGAACACUGGAAACCUACAAAGAAUUUGUUGAAGAAAUGCCUUGGGUUGUUUUGAGAUUUCCAGAAAGUGAAACAAUUGAGGCAGUACCAGCUAAGUGGUAUGACAAAGCAAACAAACUUUGUAAAUUUCCUCCCGUGGACGAUCAUACUGAGAAGGAGUUAUCCAACUUUAUUAUUGAAGAAUAUGACCCCUUAGAGGAAUGGCCAAUACAUGAGGCAGUGUUAGAAAGCCAGACAGAAUUUGUACUGUUUAACAAAGCUCACAUUAGAGCUAGUAAAGCGUGCAAUAGCCAGAAUUACAAAUCAGAUAAAGAAACUGUGUUACCACAAAAGAGACCUCCUAAACCAAGGAAAAUAGCGAGCAGUAGUAGUGAGCAGGACUCAGAUGGGUCAGAUCUGGUUUUUGAACAUUCAUUUCCUAAGUCUAAGAAAGAACAACAUGAAAAGUGUACCCCAUCUAAAUCAAGAACUCAUCCAAAUAUUGGAUUAGAAAACAAACAGGAAGUAAAAACCGUGCAAGAAACUUCCAAACCCACACCAACAAAUGCCAAUGCUCAAGAAACUGCAAUUUCAUAUUUAAUAAGAAUAAAAAGAACGUUAGAAUUACAAGAACAAAAACUUAGUGAAAUUGACAGAAAAGUGGAUGAAUUGUCCACUAUAAUCAGAGGGCAACAAAAAAGUACAGAUAUAACUGAUGAUGAAGUUCAUAAGAAAUUACCUCUAUCCACCUUUUAUAUGUAGUAGGGCCAUAAUACU